AUGAGGAGAGCGCAGUGCUCGUCAGAGCAUGAGUCGUGUGUACAUCAUGCAGCCAGGCACAAAGAAGAUGAGUUGGCGGUGCGAAAGCACUUGAAGGUCUUUGUUGGGGGAUUACCAGACAAAGUCGAGGAGCGGGAGGUUGAGCAGCACUUCGCAAAGUACGGGCAUGUUGUUCAUUGCAACGUCUGUCCUCCCAAGGACGGUGAGAAGAACAAGGCUCCGUAUGCCUUUGUUAGUUUUAGAUUUGCUGCCGACGCAGAUUGCGCGGUAGUUGAUAGGCAAGACUUCCCAGGCGUUCAGCGGCAGCUUGCCAUGGGAUUCGCGACGCCCAGGAAGAAGGACAACGACGAGGAGAAGCAAAAGCAGGAUGCGAUGCUUAGCGAAGUCGAUCCAUGCAAGGUUUUCGUGGGCGGCAUCGGUGAUAGAGAUAGUGAAGAGGAGGUGGGUGACUUCUUCUCUCAGUGGGGUCUUGUCACUCUGGUUUACAGAGAUAGGGCAUCCUGGGGCUUCGUGCAUUUCGCCACGAAGGAAGCUGCCCUCCGGAUACUCGAAGAAAGUAAUGUUGUCUUCCAUCGACGAAGACUGGACAUAAAGGCCCGUCUGGCAUUUUGCCACUACGUUUUACAGGUUUCCACUUCACUUUUCAUUAUCUUUCCAUUUGACUCUCCUUUGUUUGAGUUUUUGUCCCUAUAG